AUGGCCACUGCGUCCAGGUACAUUACGAAUCAACGGCGGUCGGAGCUUCAAAAUGCCGUCCACUGCGUUCUCAAAGAAGCCGGUGUCACUACUGCGGCACAUCUUAUGGACCCGCGCCCCCGCGGCGUUUCCACGGGGAUGGCCGUGGUGUGCGUCGUGUGCAUGGUGUUGGACGUCGUGGUCAACAACUGGGGCCUGAACGACUACAUUGGCAACGCCCGGUCGUUUUUCACCCCCGUGCUGACCAAAAUUGCGUCGGUGAAGGACCUCAAGGAUUACUUUGUCUUUCCCACGGAUGCGUCGCCGUGGAGUUCGUCCAACGCCGGUCGAUUCAUGCUCAACCACUCGCUCGCUUCUAUCCACGCCCGGGACGAUAGCCACUACGUCCUCACGGCAGGGUCAUAUGCCGUCCUAGACGCCGCCAACGACAUCUGCGUCGACUUGAUCGACGAGUACCCCGUCCGUCAAGGAGUCGCAAGCGCCCAGCUCGGCCACGUCACGGACAAACUCGGGGCUCGACUGUCUCGCCGAGUUGGGCUACCGGCCGGGCCGCUUGGACUGCGACAUGCGACUCACGACCCCCUGGAAGUCCCCGCCCACGGCGUUCUCGUGCACGCGAACUUAUCCAUGUACCGGUUUUACGCCCGCGCGUUCUGCACCGGAUGCAUGCCCAUCAUGGAGCUCGGUCUGGACAAGUGCCAAGUACACUACUCGUUCAAUGCAACCACGCAGUCGCUGGUUGUGCACGCGAGCGAGUCCAUCUUUGGCCACAACCACUACGUAGGGAUGCUGCUCGAACGCUCGAGCGUCACCACGGCCGGCCUCUGGGUUCGCAUCACGUGCGUGUUGUACUUGGUGGUGGCGUUCUCGUCGAGCCGCAAGACCAUUCGGUGGACGAACGGGUCGACACUCACCACGUGGUUCAAGAAACUCAACCACACGCUGUCUCCGGCGGUGUACCGGCAUCCGAGCCGCGCGUUCAGCUUUUCUUACUUGUGCUUCAACAGUGACAUCUUUGUUGGGUUGUACUUGAUCGCCGCUCUCUUUGACGGAAAGUCGAGCUCGAUAUUUUCCCGCGUCAUGUACUUUUGGAACAAGGGCAGCGGCAACAGCUUUGUCGUGCUGCGCCUGUGGUCCAUCAACCUCCGCCUCCUCUGGUUCAACUGCUUUGUGGCGAAAUUUAUGAACAGCGUCACGUAUAUUUACAUUGCGUCGGCGCUGCUCACACAACGCGAUAACUUUACCGACUUUGGCAACUCGGACUACACGGUCGUCAGCUCCAAGAUCUGGUUCCUCCGUGCGUACGGCGAGUUGGCGUUCGCCCUGAUUCUCAACUUGCUCGUGGUACUCUGCCUGGAUCGCGUGGUGAAUCGCAUCUGGUGGCAACACGUGGCCGACAAUUCCCUCGGCCGACAACUCAUGUACAACUCGACCGCCAUCAUUAGCGACUUGGGGUACAACUUUGUGGACGUCCCCCAUUACGGAGACGCCGCCAUCAGCAUUCCUGCGCGGGCACUCUGUACCAUCCAGUGGUUUCUCACGUGUUACACGAUGAAAUUCGGCCUCCCCGAGCACCGCCACAAGUUUAAAGCCAUGACCAAGGGGUCCAAGGCCAAGCCCCGCCAGUCGUUUACGCAGGGCCUCACGAAGCGAUACACGGUGCACAAUGUGCAAGAGCGCAUUGUAGAAGAGAACGGCGACUUUGACGACGACCAUAACGUCAUUACACACGAGAUGUACAUCUUAAGCCAGGACAACGAAGGCAAUAUCUCCUUGUACAACGCCCAGCACCACGAGAUUCAAGCGUUGAGCUUGGAAGUCAAGAUAUUGGCCGACGCCCAGUACACCAUCCGAGCGAGUGCGUUGUGCACGCUCCAGUGGUUCCUCACAAGCCACGCGAUGCGGUUUGGGUUGCCCGAACACCCCGAGCACAUUCAGUCCUUGGUGUCCAAAUCCCAAGGACAGUCUGGCAGAAGCAGCAUCGCCGACAAACCGUCGCAUGGAAGGCAUCGCCCGGCGAAUCACAAGCGUGCGGUGGUGUACGCCGUCGUGGAGAGCAAUCCAAAGCUACCCCGGCAACAACCCCAAAAUGAGCAUCAUAGUCCCUACCACGAUGACGACGGAUCCAAGGGGGCCGCCGCCGCGAAUAUGUUCAUGAUGACACAGGAUUCGGACGGGUACCUCCGUCUGUCAACGCAAGGAAGAAGGAAAUUCAAGCGUUGA